AUGUCUUCGACUACAAAAGCCGCCCGAAUAGGGGAAGAAACAAAGAUCGAUAAAGUCAACGCCGAACUAGUGACGCUUACGUAUGGAACGAUAGUUGCGCAGCUAUGUCAAGACUACGAUAGCGAUUAUGUGGAAGUCAAUAAACAACUCGACAAGAUGGGGUAUAACAUAGGCAUGCGGUUGAUUGAAGAUUUCCUUGCCAAGUCUAACACGGGUCGAUGCGCGAAUUUUAAGGAGACGGCCGAUAUAAUCUCCAAGGUGGGAUUUAAAAUCUUCCUCAAUAUAACACCCACCGUUACCAAUUGGACUAGCGACAAUAAACAAUUCUCGCUGGUGCUCGAUGAAAAUCCACUGGCCGAUUUUGUGGAAUUGCCGGAUGACGAUCGAGCGCAAGACCAGCUGUGGUUUUCUAAUAUUCUGUGCGGGGUGCUGCGAGGCGCAUUGGAAAUGGUCCAAAUGCAAAUUGAGGCGCAUUUUGUGAGCGACGUGCUCCGGGGCAGCGAUACAACGGAAAUCCGGGUGACACUGGUGCGAUAUAUCGAGGAUGAGAUGCCGCCGGAUGAUGAAUAG